AUGGCGGCGCCUGCUGCGCGGAAACUUGCGAAGGACAUCGAGGUGGUCCUUAAAAAAGCCCAUGAGGGCUGUGAAGAGUUUGACGAGUUUUGGGACCAGAUUGCCACGGCGCAAGGGUCCCAGAAGGAAAGACUGGGCGAGGAGCUAAAAAAGUGCAUCAACAAGCAGCAAAGACUCAGAUCCCAGAUGAGAGACUGGCUCGGAUCACCUCAAGUCCCAGCCCCUUUGAAGGACAAGCUGGAGGAGGCCAGAAAGCGAAUAGAAAGCGACAUGGCGAGAUUCAAGGACUUCGAGCGAGAGUUCAAGACCAAGGCCUUCUCCUACACUGGCUUGGCGAAGACCGACGAGUUAGACCUAGAAGAAGCCGAAAAAGUCAAGUCUCAGGACUGGCUGGCACAGACCAUUCAGAGUCUCAAGGACCAGCUGGACCAGUUCGAGGCUGAUCUGGAGUUGCUGCAGGGCAAAAGGUCCUUAAACAGCGACGAGAAGUCCAGAUUGCCCAAGCUCCAGACAGCUCAAGACAGGACCCGCUGGCAUAUCAAGAAGCUAGAGCAGUUGUUGAGAGCUGUCAGCAACGAUGCAGUUGAAAUCAGCGACUUGGCGGUUGUUCGAGACAGCAUCGAUUGUUAUGUCGAAGCCGGCGAGGAUUCUGAUGGAGUCCACGACGAGACGCUCUACGACUACUUCGAUCUGGCAGACUACGAGGAGAAGGUCGCUCCCGCGAGGAGUGGCGAGAACGACUCCAAGGAUGAUUCCCCGGCGGGAAGCAAAGAGGAGUCGCACAAAAAGCAGAAAGAAAAGGACAAGAAGAAAAAGGAGGACAAGAAGGCAAAAGCCAAAGCUGAGAAGAAGGUGCAAAGUGCAGGCAUCAUGAGCAAGUCCGGCAUCGCCCGUGCCUGGCCGCUCUUAUUUCCCGAGGUCGGCAAGACGCUGAUCGAAGGAAACGGCCACGGGCAUGGCACGGCGCCCUUUCGAAAGGCCGAGGCAACGCAGCAACUCCAGCCAGUUGCCGUGCCAGGGCCGGUCGAGGUGAAGCAGCUCGAAUUGGACGAGGCGAGUGAAGGUCCUGGAGGCCGGGGGACCGGGACACCGGAGCUCAGGGAGCAUGCGCGGGCAUUUCAGGAGCAGCUGGUCCAGGAAGCCGAGGAGUUCAUCUGCAAGAUCUGCCAGAUCUACGUGGUCGGGUGCGUCCCAAAGCUGACGACCUGCUCCCACAUCUUCUGCGGAGAUUGCAUCGCAACCUGGUUCAACCAGCAUCCAGACACCCAGACAUGGGCACAGCGAGCAAAGGCUGCUGGCCCCGAUCGGUGUGUACCAUGCCCUGUGUGCAAGAAGUCUCUAAAUGAGAACCAUGAUCUGUCUCCGGUGUGUAGCAACACGCAGCGGAGUGAGAACGUCCUCCUGUGGAGAAUGCUUUCGCAGAAAAGGAUUGUUUGCCAGAACAAUCCGAAGGUGAGGGGCGAAACUGGAAGAUGUGAUUGGAUCGGCGAGUACUGUAACUACCAAAAGCACAUAGACAUCUGCAAAAACGUCCCGCUUGCAGAAGCUGGAUAUCCUGCAGAGGAUGGCAAAGCAUCACCAUUCUCGUCUGAAGGCCCCAUGCGUGCCUCCUGUGCCGUCAAAGCAGUUGGCGACGUCACCUCCCGUCCGACAACUCCAGCACCGAAGCAGGCCGGUGGUGGAAGCCACCGAGAGAGAGAGGCGUUUGGUGCAGAUGUCUUGGAGGCAGCUGCUCCAACCAAGACGUCAGUGCCCGCGCAGGCCAUGGCCACUGCGCCGGCCAUGGUGCCCAACGGGACCAACUCGGCCCCUUUGGCGCCUUGUGCGCCGAGCGCCCCACCGUCAGGCGUCAGACCGACGGCGCAAGGGGUUGCGCCGGUGCCGGCAGUCCCAUCGCCAGCCCUGCGCCCCGAGGUGGUGAGAGUGCAGACAAGGUCCGAGUACGACAUCGGUGUUGGUGCGUCCCCGGCCCCAGCAGCUCAGCAGUCGGUGCAGCCGCAGAUGCAGAUGCAGCAGCCGCGAAGAGACGUGCUUUUCACCGGCAGAGCAGUUGGCAACUUCGAAGCCACCGGUCCCACAAUGGUUCCUGUCCGACAAGGUGAUCUGAUUGAGGUGCUGGAAACAGAUCCUUCUGGCUGGACCUUUGCCAGAAACACCUCAGGCUCCAGCUCCACGGGUUGGGUGCCAACUUGGAUCGUACCCCCGCCCAUCGAACCUGCACAGGCACAGAGACCCGUUCCGGAGGUGCAACAAGCACUUCAGACGCGGCAAGUGCAAGCCGUGCAAGCGCAAGCGCAAGCGCAACCUGUGCAGCGGGAGACGCGGGAGAGAGACGUCCCUCAGCGACAGGAGAACAGAACCGAGGCCAGAGGGCUCGCUCGCGCGCUCCAGCCCUUCACUUCCGGUAGUGAUUCUCAGAUGACUCUGAACACAUCGGAUUACGUGGAGAUCGUGGAGCGCCACCACACGGGCUGGACAUUCGGCCGCAAGGUGGAUGCAGUCGGAACUGCGGUAUCCGAGGGUUGGUUCCCAGACUGGGUCUGCAAUCCCAAGCCGUGA